AUGCACACCCCGCCGCCUCUCGUGGACCAGCGUCAUCGGUCCAGUCGGCGAGAAAGGUGGAGGCAGGGUGGAUGGAGGCUGGGUGGAGGUGGAAGACAGCGAUCCACGGCACUUCUUUCUGUCCCCAAAGCAAAACUAAUUCUCUUAUUCCUUUUCAGCUACAUCAGUAUUUGUUGUCGCAAUAUUAUCACUAUUUUCUAUGUUACAGCACCGUCAUGCAAUCCCGAGAGAGAAAUAUGCAGGAAAUGCGGUGAGGCUCCUAUCGAGGUGGCGGGCCUCAGUGACAACAGCACUCGCGAAGUUCAGGCGACCAUUUACAACCUCAACGGCGAUGUAACUGGCGAAGACACGAGGAUAAUCGGCGGUGACAAAGCCUCGCCGCUGGAGUACCCAUACCAGGUGUUCAUUACAAAUAAUCGUAAAGGUAGACGCAGCGUGAACUGCGGAGGAUCCAUCAUUACUCGGGACUGGGUGGUCACAGCCGCUCACUGCAUGAUACCACCUGCCGGUGACUUCUCUGAUAUGGUGGUCGGUGUCGGAAGCAACUUUAGAGACCUGCUGGAGUACCUGUCUGUGUCACAAGUUAUCAUACACGAAAAAUACGAUAGUCUUCGAAUUCAAGACGGGAAUGACAUUGCCUUGAUUCAACUAGCGAAGAAGCUCAACUUCAAAAAGAACCCUUCGGUGCAGCCCGUGUGCCUGGCCGAGGCAGAGGACUUGGUGAUUGGGCAGGACAUGGUGAACACUGGCUGGGGACUCCUCAACCCAUCUGCGAACUCGAUUCCUAAUGCUUUGUUCGAAGUAAGCCUCACACCUAUGGACGUGAAGAUCUGCACAUAUUUCACUGAGAUACCAAGGAUGCAAAAGAGCGUCAUUUGCACCAUCAACGAUGGCAAAUCCAACUGUCAAGGCGACAGUGGAGGGCCACUGGUGGCGCAGCUGUGUGACGGACGAUGGGUGCUGGCGGGAAUAAGCAGCUACGGUGAGAGUGGGUGCACCCAGCCAAGGGUGUUCACAAGCGUGUCUUACUACAAAGACUGGAUACUAAGUAAUAUAAAACCCAGUGUUAUGUGCUGAGCAGCCCCGCCCGCUCCUCCUGAUCAGAUGCAGAAGAACAGCAAACCAUUUUUUUCAAGAACAUUUUUAUUCGUUUAGAAUUAGAUUCGUUUAGAAGAAGAUUCGUUUAGAAGAUUUAAAAGAUUUAAUUUCCAGUUGUGCAGUUGUGAUUUAAUAUAUUGCCGUGUUUUAUAUAUCAAAUCUACUUUGAAAUGUCUUCUUCGUUACACUCUUCACUAUUAUUAUCAUUUUUUUUUUUUUAUUAUCACUGCAUAAUUUAUAGUUCCAUAUGGAAUUGUUUCACUCUUCAUAGAUACACAGUUCACCUUGGCAGUGAAGUUUUCUUUGUGCAAAAAGUAAACAUGAAUAAAGAAACAAUAAAAGAUAUGCAUCCUA